AUGUAUGUUGUACUUCAUCACAGUGGGCGUGACUUUUAGCACUGUAGCCAAUCCCCUGCCCCCAUUUUGUGAUGGGCGUGCCAUACAGUCAGUGCCCAGAAACCGAAGAUAACCCGAAUAAACAACAAAGUUAGCUUGUCAGCUAGUUAGCAACUUCUGAAAUGGCGUCGUUAACGGCGACAGAACCAGCGAUAUGCCCGGGUGCAAUACCAACAGCAGAGUCCAUAGUGCCCGCUUGUAUGUUUGCACCGGACCGGGGAUGUACCGACGAUCCAUCCAGCGGAGAGGGCUUUGAAGACGGCGAGGGUACAAACGGCGAGUCCGCGGAUCAUUUAGACUUAAGCAGCAAGCUGGUCCUAGUGAGUCCAACAGGGGAACAGUAUGAUUCAUUACUACGGCAUCUAAGGGAGAGGAUAGACGAGGGCUGUGGAGAGACAAUCUAUGUGGUUGGGAUGGGCUCAGAUGGAGGUGACUAUGGUCUGGAUGAGAAGGACAUGGAGGCGUCGAUAGCCACGGUGCGGUCGCUGUGUGAACAGAUUGAGGCUGACCUGAUCUGGCUGAGGGAGAGGACAGACAGUGGCGGAAAGAUUCAGGACUACCUCAUCCGCCGGUGUGUGGGCGAGCAGGAUUUCCUGGAAGUCAGAGUGGCGGUGGUAGGGAAUGUGGAUGCGGGGAAGAGCACUCUGCUGGGGGUUUUGACCCACGGUGAGCUGGACAAUGGCAGAGGCUUCGCUCGCCAGAAGCUCUUUAGACACAAACACGAAAUGGAGAGUGGCAGGACCAGCAGUGUGGGCAAUGAUAUCCUGGGUUUUGACCAGGAGGGACAGGUGGUGAAUAAGCCAGAUAGCCACGGUGGCGGCCUCGACUGGACCAAGAUCUGUGAGAAAUCCUCAAAGGUCAUCACCUUCAUUGACCUGGCUGGCCAUGAGAAGUACCUCAAGACCACUGUCUUCGGCAUGACAGGACACCUACCUGAUUUCUGCAUGCUCAUGGUUGGCAGUAACGCUGGCAUUGUUGGCAUGACCAAAGAACAUCUGGGUCUGGCACUGGCCCUAAAUGUGCCAGUGUUUGUAGUGGUUACUAAGAUAGACAUGUGUCCAGCCAACAUCCUGCAAGAGACGCUAAAAUUAUUACAGAGGUUAUUAAAGUCACCAGGCUGCAGGAAAAUCCCCGUGUUGGUCCAGAACAAGGAUGAUGUCAUCGUCACAGCCUCCAACUUCAGCUCUGAGAGGAUGUGUCCCAUUUUUCAAAUCUCAAAUGUGACGGGGGAGAACAUGGACCUGCUGAAGAUGUUCCUCAACCUCCUCUCUUCUAGGACCAACUUCAGCAACGAUGAGCCUGCUGAGUUCCAAAUAGACGACACAUACUCAGUACCGGGUGUGGGCACAGUAGUUUCAGGGACUACGUUACGUGGAAUGAUAAGACUCAACGACACGCUGCUCUUAGGCCCAGACCCGCUGGGCACCUUCAUCCCCAUCGCCGUUAAAUCCAUUCACCGCAAGAGGAUGCCUGUCAGAGAGGUUCGUGGUGGACAGACAGCAUCCUUUGCACUCAAAAAGAUCAAACGUUCGUCUAUAAGGAAAGGCAUGGUGAUGGUUUCCCCAAAGUUGAUGCCACAGGCCACCUGGGAGUUUGAGGCUGAGAUUUUGGUGCUACACCACCCCACCACGAUAUCCCCGAGAUACCAGGCCAUGGUCCACUGUGGUAGCAUCAGGCAGACAGCCACCAUCCUGAACAUGAACAAAGACUGUCUGCGGACAGGGGACAAGGCCACUGUCCACUUCCGCUUCAUUAAGACUCCUGAGUACCUGCACUGUGACCAGAAACUGGUGUUCAGGGAAGGACGCACCAAAGCUGUGGGCACCAUCACAAAGCUUCUUCAAUCAGUGAACACCCAGGCAGCUAAGGCCCAGCAGGCCAAGAUGCAGGCCAGUAAGAAGACUUUUAAAGAGGGCACAGCAGCCAAUGAGGAGACUGGAUCAACAGCACGGCCGCCUAGCCCUAACACAGCACAGCUACCAACAGUGGCAGAGGAGGAGGCUCUAUGUAAAGAAUGUAAAGAUGGGAACAAAGAAAACAAGCUCAAGUCAGGAGGUGGAGGACGCAGGAGAGGUGGUCAGAGACAUCGAGGGAAAGGCCUGAACGCUGCUACAAUCUCUACAGCAGUGCCUGCAGGAGCAGCAGGCACAGCCUAAAAGCACAACCUUUCAUUUCUCUUCAGCUCUCCUUAUCUCCUUUACAGGGAGGGAAAGUGACUGCAUGGCCAUCUGUUGGUUGCAAAGACUGACUGCACAUGUUUCAUGUUUAAAAAUGUUUAAUAUAAAAUAAUAAUUCAACAAUUUUGAAUCAUAAGUGAGUGAAUUAUUUUCCACAUUAAGUCAAUUUAAAGCUUUAUUGGUGUAAUAACUUGUGGGCUGCUGAAGAUUAUAUUGAUUUUUUUUUUUGUUUGACUUUUUUUGCAGUUAUAGAUUAUAUAACUUUUUCUAUUUUAAUACAAACAUUUUGGGGGACUUUUGAUGAACUACAAACACCUGUUUUUAGUUCAUCAGAACUUCUUUUAUAGCAUUAACUUUUUUUUUUCUGAGCCAGCAGAAGCAUCAGUCACUUUUCCUGCCUAAACUUUCUCCACCCUCCUCAAUCUACUUUUUUCCGUUGCUCAUCUUCUUUUUCCUCAUUCUACAUCCUCUUGUGUUCACAUCUACCUAACUUUCAUUAACGCACCUUUUUCGGAUGGCAUCAGGAUUUGGAGUCCACUUACUGUCACAUCAGUCAUUUGAGGAAGUAGACUGUGUUCAGUAGUUGAAAAACAGUAUUUUUCUUUUACAAAGCUAGUCAUUGAGACUGGCAGUUUGAAUUCACAUUGUGAAUUGAUUGAACUGAAAGGGAAUUGAUGCCAUCCUUAAGUGCAUUCAUGAUGAGCAGAAUCUAAAGCAAAUGUAAUGUCGGUUUACCCAUUCUGUUGGGUGGUAGUUAAAAUUGUCCUCUGGAAAUCACUGUCUCAAGAUUUGCUUUACUGGUGUAGCAGUACCAUGGUUUGGUGAAUUUUGUUGGCAGUUGACAGAAAGGUUAUUUUCCUAUCUUGGACUUGUGACCACUAUAUUGCACUGUUCACCAGUCAUCACCUGUCAUGUAACAACAUGCAGCAACAGUCUCUUAUCCAUUUUAUCUCAUAUGGCCUAAGUUGAAUCCUUUUUAAGCCAAUUUUGCAGUUUUACUAGAUCCAGUUUAUGCAGCCAAGAGAGAAGAGAUCUGAAAUGCCGUUGCUUUCUGCCCCAAAGAAAUGUCAAGUGUCAAAGUGGCUUUGUCAUGUGUUAACCUGGUACAAGUCCUUGUGAAGUCACCUACUUAGUUUGCUGGGAAAUAUCUUACUCCAAGCAGGCAUAAGCACACCUUUCUUCCAAUUUCAUGCAGUCUGACCACCAAAAAUCUAGAAGUUGAUAGCCUCAUGCACAAAAAUUAUUCAUCCACUAUUUUUACUACUUUAAUGCAAAAACUCAAGUGGCGUUUCACACCUUAAAUGUCAAAAGCCAAGUAAGAACAUUUAACUAAAAAAAAAAGAUCUGUUUUGCGGUCAGAUUCUAAGCUUCAACGUAAUCGAGUUGCCACAUUUUACUGCAACAGACAAUUACAAGAUUUUUUUUGCUACAAAUUUUUUCCACUGGUUUUAUGAAGUUGUUUAAUGGUCCUCUUCCCAGUUUUGAGUUUGUAUUGGGAUGUAGUGUUAAUGGUUGUCACAGUUUGAGGGUCUUUUUUCUUCUUCAGGAGCCUCAAUCUCCCCUUUCAUAUACAUACUAUGAUUUAAUACUGGUCUGGGAUUCGUUUGGGUCACUGAAUUACCCAUUUUAUGACAGUCACAAACAUAAUGAGCUCCCAGAAUAUGAUCCCCUUUUUUCCUUUCAACUUUUUCUUUUUAAGACUGGGUCAUUUUUUAUUUUAUUUUUUUGAAGGGACACAUUUUGUGUGUAUGUUUAUAGAAAGGUAGGGUAAAAAAGAUGCCAUUUAAAUUAAGUGCUGCCAGUUUGUGUUGUAAAUCCUUUUAAAUAAAGAUGUUAUAGAAAACUGA